UCCUCUCAAAGCCCGGAGUGAAUAUUUUUUGCGCUGCCCUCCUCUCUCAGUCACGUGCACUCUCACUCUCCCCCUAUUUCACACCAUCUCACCUCUUGCCUUCCCUCUCUGAAUCCUCUCUCUUUCUAUCUCCCUAAGUCUUUCUGGAGGAAUUUCUAGCUUAGAGUGCCUGUCAAGCAGUAAGAAGAAGCUCUCAAGAAGACAGAAGACAGACAAGGUGGAGAGACUGAGCAGAGUAGUGGCGUCAGUAUGCCGUGUGUGAGCUUCCUGUUGGUGGGGACUUGCUUGCUGGUCCUCGGCCCGGCUGUUUGGGGCGCCCCCAGCCAGUGCCCGGCUCAGUGUCACUGCCAUGGGGACCUGCAGCAUGUCAUCUGUGACAACGUGGGGCUGAAGAAGAUCCCGCAGGUGUCCGAGGCCACCCGUCUGCUCAACCUGCAAAGGAACAACCUGGGCAGCCUGCCCACCGGCUCCUUCGCCAGCAGCAAGGGUCUCAUCUCGUUGCACAUGCAGCACUGCCAGCUCAAGGAGAUUGGUGGCCAGGCCUUCAAGGGACUCAAGAAGCUAAUCUACCUCUACCUGUCCAACAACGAGAUCACCAGCAUCAAGCCAGGUGCCUUCGAGGACCUCACCGAGCUCACUUACCUCUACCUGGAUGGCAACCGCAUCAGCGACCUGCCUAAGGGAAUCUUCUCACCCAUGAUCAACCUGUUCAUCCUGCAGCUCAACGACAACAAGCUGCGUGACAUCAAGCCAGGCACCUUCGCCGGAGCCAAAGACCUGCGCUGGCUGCACAUGAGUGGCAAUGAGAUGAACUCGCUGCAGCCGGGCUCUCUGGACGACGUGGAGAAUCUGGCCAUCCUGCACCUGGACAGGAACAGGCUGUCCACCUAUCCUGGCCUGGCCAUGAGCAAGCUGAGAGUGGUGGAGGAACUGAGCCUGGCCAAGAACCCCCUGAGGAGCAUCCCCGACAACGCCUUCCAGAGCUUCGGACGCUACAUGGAGAAGCUGCACUUGGAUGGCAUGGGGCUGGAAAAGUUCUCUGACGCUGCAUUCAACGGAGUGACGGCCAUCAAGUCUCUGCACCUGGACAACAACAAGCUCAAGUCCCUCCCCAACAGCCUGGAGUUCACCACUAUCACCAACCUCACGCUCUCCAACAACCCCUGGAGCUGCACCUGCACGCUUGCCCCUCUGCGCAAGUGGAUGGACUCUAGCCGCCAGCGCCCUGAUGCGCUCUGUGUCUCUCCGUCCUCACAGAGAGGAAAGCAGAUCAGAGACAGCUCUGCCUUCAGCAGCUGCAAAGUCAAGACAAAGAGAGCCAAGAAGGGCACGCGCCAUUAAAAGAGAACUCUCUGUCUGCUCGUCAGAGUCUGUCCCCUGGCUGUUCUUUUUCCAUCUUGGCCUUGGUGUCCUGUCCAGAACAGAACAGCGUGUCCCGGUCAUGGCGUUGACCAGUAGGAUGGCAGACUGUUUGACUUGGCUGCUGAUGUUUAUGUCUUUCUACAGGAGACGCUGUCUGGGGGGAAAGGCCUGUCCAGGUGACGGGCUUGGUACGUGUGCAGAGAAAGAAAGAAAGCAACUCUAACUGCUACUUCAAGACUGUCCAUCUCACUAUCUGCCAAAUCUCAAUUUCACAUGUACACACAGGGAGUGAUACAUGACACACACACAUGCACACAAAAAUCACAAACAGAAAACCAAAAGGCUUACACGAAGCAGAGACUCAAGAAAACACUUGUACACAAGGGGAAGAAUUGUGUGGUUCAGUUCACAGACAACAUUCACACAACCCACACACACAACAUACACACAACCUUUAUCAAUACAAACACACACCUUUCUUUCAUCCCACUCUCUUUUCAACGGCUGAGGAAUUUGUCAAGCAUCCUACAACCAACACUCAGACAAACAGCCAUGUUGACUCUCCUCGUCUCGCUCUCCCUGACGCCAGCUUUACACCUUCACCUUUCAGGACCCUGCCGCCUACUGCCACAGCAAUGGCCUGCAUAAUUCCCCCAAAUUCCCCCAAAAAACCUAAAUGGAAUGCUCCAGGCCAGGUCUCCCUUUAUUUACUAUGGGUCACUCGGCUGGUCAUGUCUCGCUGUCUCGCUUUUCCUGUGAGAAAUUCUCUGUCAGACUGAGGAAACAUCCUGAAAGGACUGUGACCGUAAAACGGACGUCGACGUAGCGUGACCCCUCUCAAACUCUGACCAAAGGUAAACGACACAUCACAGCGCAGGCGGCUGAGGACUUUUUCUGAAAGGGUUUAUGAGACAACGGAGCGAUGGCAGGUCAAAGUUGAGAAGGAACAGUCAGAGAUGACAUGAACAAAGAGAGGACUCCAGUUCUCCAGCAGUAUCUUUCGUUUAAAGACUGAAUACAUACAAAGGACAAUCUCCCUAGAGAUACAAUGAUACUUAAUUCUUACAUGAAUUAAGUUUAAAAGGGUUUGCAAUGCAUUUAAAUCUGUUAUCACAGGGGAAAAUAGUGUACAGUUCAAAAUGGAUAUGAGAAAAGGUGGCAGAGGUGUCAUGUCUUUGACUAAAUAAGUAAUAUACUAAAUAUUUUGCCUUUUCCAUCCCCCCUGCUGUGGCAAUGCUUCAUUUGUUAGCGGACACAUCCAGACACACUGUGUUCCAUUUCAUUUAAAGUAAUUGAUUGACAUUGAAAAAAUAUACUUUUUACUGCUAAGUCAAUGGAUUGUCUAUAAGCAUCAAACACUUACCAAACUCUGUGAGUAUCAUAACUCUUAAGAUUUGACUCUUCUUUUUUUUAUGUAUAUUGAACAUCAUAAAUGUAUUUUUUUUCGACUUUCGGAGGUGAACAACUCACAUCCAAUAAACAUCGAAGAAAUAAAGA